GCCGCCACCACCCACACCAGCACCACUCUAGCCGCCGCCCGCGACCAUGGCGGAGGCGGCCAUGCCGGCGGAAGGAGCGACGCCUCUCCUCGAGGGCCUGCUGGACGACAUCGUCCUCUGGGAUAUCCUCGUCCUCCUCGACCCCAAAUCCCUCAUCCGCUGCCGCGCCGUCCGCCGCGCCUGGCGCGGCGCCACCUCCACCCGCCGCUUCCUCCUCGCCCACCACGCCCGCCAGCCCGCCUUCCCCGCUUUCUCCAGCAGCGGGUGCCGUAACUUCCUCGCCCUGGACCACCGGGCCGCCCAGCUCCACACCGUCGCCCGGCACGACGAGCCCUUCUUUCUCGAGGCUUCCUGCGACGGCCUCCUCCUCUCCAGGUCUUAUUCCGGCCGCCGCCUCACCGUCUACAACCCUGCCACCCGUGAGCACGUCUCCCUCAGGUGCCCAUCGUGGGGCUUCAACAUCGUGGGGAUGUACCCACACGGACUCACCGGCGAGUACCGGCUGCUGCUCACCAACUUCAUGGUGCCUGAGGGCCAAACUGGAUGCUAUGUCCUCCCGCUUGGUUCCGACGAGCCACCGAGGUACAUUGGGUGGCUGGACAUGGUGAAACCGCUGUGCAUAGAGAUAUCUGCCCUUGUCCGUGAUAGCCUGCAUUGGUUCCUGCUGAAGCAUGGAAAGUAUGUCUUGGUAUUUGACACCACGGCCGAGUCGUUCCGGCACAUGCGUGGUCCACUUCCUCUUGGCGGCGUUGACGCUGGCCUGUUUGAGAUGGAUGACACGCUCGGCAUCCAUUGCCAUGACGAUGCCAUGGAAAUCGUUACUAUAUGGGUGUUGCAGGAUUACCAAAGUGAGGUUUGGCACUUAAAGUACCGAAUCAAAUUGCCGGUUGCAGAUAUAUGGGAGAAGCUUCAAGUCGGUGGUGAAAGUUGGGGUUUGGGUGUUGGUGUUGUUUCGGGGGAUGGUGACGUGCUCCUGUUGAUCCAUUUUCGUGGGUGGCUGCUUCAGGUUGACAGUGACGGCAAAUUGAUUAAAAGUUUUGAUUGUGGUCACAGAGACCUGUGUAUAUAUGAAUAUCGGCUCAAGCAAAGUCUUGUCAAGCAUACCUUCUUGAGGGCUCUAAAAGGUUCUGAAGGUAGUGCCUCGCCUUUGAUCUGAUGGCUUUUGACUGAGAUGCUGUUUCUUUCUGCCGAACUGUCAUAUGCUCAUGAGCUAGAAUAUUUAUGCAUUGGACCAAGUAUAAGCCUACUGGCCUCCUCUUUGCUUUAUAUUGAUGUAAUAAGUUAUUAUCAGAAGCUUUGGCUGGGGUGUAAUGUGGUUGCAUGAAAUCUAUGCUUGUCUUCAUUACCUUUCGGGCUAAAGUGAUUAUUGUAUGCGAUGAUGCUAAAAUCAAGAUUUUAUUUUGCUCUGCUUUUGAAA